AUGAGGGACCUCCGCACCACUCUUCUCGCUUUCGCUUUCGCAGCCACUGCGAUCGCGCAAGACCUCAGUCAGACCAUCGUCGGAUGCGUCGACCUCGAGUGUCCCGCGGCGACGGACAACGUCAAUGACAACUGCACCAUCGCAGACACUGGAUCUUUUUCGUCCGUCGGGCUGACGCGCGUGCCCCUUGGUAGUGGUGACAGCAACGGCACCAACAGCGCGACGCUUGCGGGCAUCUCGUGGGUCAAGGCCUUCACCGUCGCCAGCGCCGGCGAUUCACGAGCCUUUAUCAGCUCCUUCUACCUAGGCUCGCCGCCGUCGCUGCAGCCGCAGCUGAACGCGUCUACCGGCGGAUGCGCCGUCUUUAUGCACGGCGCUUCCAGCUCCAUCACGUUCGGUGGUGAGCUCAACGGCACCUCCCAGGGAACAUGUGCGGAUGCCAUGGGCGCCUCGUGCGUGGAUGCGCUCGUCUCGCGGGCUACGACUCUGGUCGAGGGAUACCUCAGAAAUGCCAGCGUUGGAGUCACCGUUGAGAAUACUUGCGAGAAACUGCAUAGCGACUUGGAAAAGAGUAAUGACGAGGCGUGCCUCCCGGUCUCGCAAGGAUUGUGGAGCAAUUUUACCGCUGUCGCUCUAACUGGAGAUGGAGCGCCACGGCCUAUCACUGCGCAGCAGAACUCAUCCGCGAAUUGCUGGCCUGUGACCCCGAAGCAGGACGACCUAGCGCUAAUACGCCAGCAGGCUACUCCUGCGAGCGACUUAAUCAGUGAUAUCGAGAAAGCCUUAUGGGCAAUCACUCCCAUCAUCACUGUCUUUUACAACGCAAGUAGUGGGAGUGUGAUUACUGGCGUCGAUGCUUCCAUGUCAUGUGUCAAAACCAUGGGGCCUGCGAGGGCCUCACUCGACACUAUGAGCAAUGGAACAAGCAAUGAUGAAGGUGGUGCUAUUGCAUUAUCGUCAUCUUCCGGUUGGGAGACUUGA